UUCCACACGUUGGUGGGCGUUGUCCCGACGAAACAUCCGCUGCCCGGACCAAGCCGUCCCCCGAGGGCCCCCAGGCCCCCGAGGGCCCCCGGACCCCCUCAGGGCCCCAGACCCUCAGGCCCCACCACCAUCGCUCUGCUCCAUAUAACUUCUGUUUGUGUAACAGGUUUUUAAUAUGAGCCCCUGAAGUACAACAUGUUGGGCCCCACAUGUUGCGUUGGCCCCUGGGCACAGACAUGUCAGAGCCCACAUGUUCACUUCACUAGUGUCACUGUGUCCUCAGUGUGUGUCCUCAGUGUGUUUCUCUGGGUUGUGUGUGUGUCUCUGGGUUGUUUGUCCUCAGUGUGUCUCUGGGCAGUGUGUCCUCGGUGUAUAUCUCUGGGUUUUGUGUCCUCAGUGUGUGUCUCUGGGUUGUGUGUGUGUCUCUGGGUUGUUUGUCCUCAGUGUGUCUCUGGGUUGUGCGUCCUCGGUGGGUGUCUCUGGGUUGUGUGUCCUCAGUGUGUCUCUGGGCAGUGUGUCCUCAGUGUGUGUCUCUGAGUUGUGUAACACGCUGAUAAAUAAUUCCUCCUCAUGCUGCUUUUCAGGAAAUUACUUUGUGUGUUGAAAAAUGAUCCACACAUGAAUAAUUCAACACACACUCACACAAUGUGAAAACGCAAACUACAAACGCAAAUUGUAGUUCUGAUAAUUAAAAAGAACAAAGGAAACAGACUAAGAUAUAUAAAUAAUUAAAACAAAAGGUCGGAGGUGAGUUCACUUCUGAACAAUAUUUAAAUCAAUAACCCUCAGAUCACAUGAGUCUAUGACUACAGUCCACAGGUCACUGGCCUGCAGCUGUUUUUACUCACGUCACGUUUUUAUUGUUUAUUUGUUGUUGUUUAUCCGUGACUGACAGUCUGAGAGCAGCGCCCUCUCUGUCCUGUGGGGGCGCUGUUGUUCCUUAGUCCAGUUCAUCUGCCGUCCACAACACACGUAGAAGAAAGGACGGCAGCGGGAGGGACACGCUAUUGGUCAGCGUCGCUGAGUAGGAGCUUCCUAUUGGCCGGUGGAGCUGCCGCGCCAGUAGAGUGAAGUAUCAGCGCCAUUAUCAAACUGCGGAUUGUUCCAGCUCGAGUUCACCGACGAACAGUUAAUGUCGGUGAGAGGAGGGAAAGUAAAACUGCGGACAUCUUGUUUCUUCAAUGAAGCUUCAGACGGUGUCCGGUGGCCUCGACGCUAACGACGCUAACUGAUGUCGCCGGUGCGGCCCGAGCAGCGAGCUAACGAAGCUAACGAGGCUAACUGACGGCAGCGGGUGUUUUCAGGUGCAGUCACCGACCACAGCUGUUCUUUGUGGGACACAGUGAGGAUGAGCUGCCCGGUGAAGCUCCAGGACCUGCCGACCACCCUGUUCGAACAGGUGUUCACCCCGGAGAACGUGAGGGGGAGGUCAACAAACUCUCUGACUCCGCUGAGUUUCCCAAAAUCCAGAUCCGCUCUGUGGGACGGCAGCGCCGCCGGAGACAAGUUCCGCCUCCAGCUCUGCUCGCACAGGAAGCCCCAUGUGGUGCUUCUGGAGAAAGCUCUGCGUCUGGCUCAGCGCCAUGUCCGUCACAGUAACAAGCCCCGCCUCGAGUGCUUCUUCCUGGGAUCAGUGUCUGUGGACGCAGAUGAGGAGGGGGUCACAGUGACUCUGGACCGCUUUGAUCCGGGUCGGGACCAGGCCGUGUCCUCGGGUGGUCGGGUCCCGUCUGCUCUGCUGCCUGGAGACGUCCUGGUUCCAUGUUUGUUCUCCACUCAAAGGGAGGCAACACCUGACGCCGUGGUCCAAUCAGAGGCCGAGCUCCAUCACUGCUUCAAGGUGCUGCAGCAGUGUGUGAGCAGCAGACAGACUCUGGAUCUGUCUCAGCUGUUGAAGGUCAGAGGUCGUGUGGUCUGCUCUCAGCAGUCCGACGUUGCCGCGAUCAGUCUCAGCUGGUCGCUCGUCUGUCCGUCCGUCUCCGUGGAUGUCCAGCCGGUCCGAGCCGUUCCCAUCAUCCCCACCGCUCUGCUGAGGAGUCUGACCAGCGUUGGCCGGCCGCAGCAUCAUCAUACUGCUGGUCGCCAGCGAGGGUUUGUGACCAUGGAUCAGACCAGGAAGCUGCUGCUGCUGCUGGAGUCUGACCCAAAAGCCUCCAACCUGCCGCUGGUCGGACUCUGGCUGAGUGGAGUCACACACGUCUACAGCCCUCAGGUGUGGGCAUGGUGUCUGCGCUUCCUGUGCAGCGCCGCCCUGCAGGACAGAGUUCUGUCAGAGAGCGGCUGCUUCCUGCUCGUUCUGUUCGCCGCCACUCACAGAGCUCCGCAGUUCUACCAGUGUCGGGGACCUGGACCCAGACCUGGACCCGGUCUACAGCUGGACUGUGAGCUUCUGACAGCCUUCCAGUCGGUCACUCUUUAUCAGGUGGCGCCGGCGGAUGGUCGGACUCUGCAGUGUGAGCUGAGCUCAGAGCUUCACAGCCGACAGACGCAGAUCUUCAGAGACGCUAGGAGCUCGUUUAACGGCCCCGCCCCUCCGGCCCCCGGCCUCUCUGCCACCGACCAGGACUCUGGGGUCGAGGACGAGGACCUUUCUCCACGACCGUCUCCGAGUCCUCACGCCCCCGCUCAGCAGAGUCGCAGAGUUCAGCCGUCUGUCCCUGAACUCUCUCUGCUGAUUGACAGCAGCUUCACAUCCAAUCACUGUGGCUGGCAGGACGCUGCAUCCGCCCACAGACUUGACAGGAGGUCAGUCCCUCCCUCAGGAAACUCUUCCUCCCCAGCUCCUCCUCCUCGCAUCCACAGCACCCCCAACUCCAACCUGCAGCCUCCCUGCUCCUGCUGCUCUGCCCACUCUUAUUACCCCACCCCCAUUUGCUCCUCCCCCACACUCCUGCCUGCUCCUACUCCUCCCCCUUUCCCUCCUCCCUCCUCCCAUCACACUCCUCCUCCCUCCUCCUCACAUCAUACUCUCCUCUCCACCCCCCUCUCCCCUGCUCCUCCUCAUGUCUCCCCCUCUCCUCACCCCUCCCCUCUCCCCCGUCCCAACUGUGUGACUGAGUACUGUGGUCGGGGGGGCGGGGUCGUACCGGCGGACACCUACCAGCUGCUCCUCCAUCAGGACCGACAGCUGCGCCUCCUGCAGGCUCAGGUCCAGAUGCUGCUGGAGGCUCAGGGGAAGAUUCAGGUCAACACUCAGAUGCCCAGGAGGACGACGAGCAUCGCUGUGGGGACAGGGGAUAGUCUGUUGUGGGCAGAUCCUGUUAAGCCCCACUCUCAUCAGGAGGAACAAGUCCCACCUCCCUCCUCCCCCAGCCCCCUCCCCUCACAUGACCUGUCCAUCACCACACCUGUGGGCGGGUCUGAGGACUGUGACAUCACACAUCAGGGGACUCCCUGCUCCUCCACUGGUCAGCUCAGUUGUCUGCAGAGUCCCGUCCUGGGGGAGAGUGUGAGCAUGUGCAGAGCAGAUGACGAGCUGCAGAGCUUCUACCACAACCUGAGGACUCAGCUGACCAGUCGCCUUCAGGAGUCCGACAGCAGACAGGAAGUGCAGGAGGAGGUGGAGUCCAGGCGGGGGCGGAGUCUGUCAGUGUUGUCUGACUCCUCCUCCAGGAGGAAGCAGCAGAGUCCAGGUGACGCGGUGGUCAGCGCCACGCUGAGGCAGCUGCAGCAGCUCGGUGUCGACAUGGACCAAGAAGAUCUGACAGAGUCUGAGAGGAACCGGGUCAGAACCGUUGAGAGCACCAGCACUCUGGCGAGCAUCAACCCGGCGGCGGUCCUGUCCAGACUGAGUGUGUCCAAUCCGACCGUCAGCUCUCUGUUUCCCGGCGGCAGCAGCGUGGAUCUGAGUCUGGAGGCUAACGCCAUCGCCCUGCGUUACCUGAGCGACUCUCAGCUCAGCAGGUUGGCUGUGGGAGGCCACACCCCUCGUCGAGGCCCCGCCUCCUCCUCCUCCUCCACUGACUUCCUGUUGUCUCCGAGCAACAUGUCUCUGGCAACCAGGAAGUACAUGAGGCGGUACGGUCUGAUCGAGGAGGAGGACAGCGAGGACGAAGACGAGCAGGAGGAGGAUGUCGGAGUUCAGGAGGCGUCGACGACCCGCCAAGUGCUCACUGACGCUCCUGUCGUGAAUCUCCUCCCCCAGAGUCAGCUGAUCAGAGACCUGCAGCCAAAGAUGCAGCUGUUGGCGAGAAACACCAAACCAAACGCCGGGGGCAAGGAGAACUGCUCCAGCAGGCGGCCAUCUUUAGUGAGGGCGAGCAGUCACCAGACGGAGGGGUCGGUGGGAAACAUCCUGGACCUGAGUCGCCUCCGAGAACUGCCCAAACUAUUCUGACCUCAGAGGUCACAGGUCAACUGGAGGUCAAACUGGAACAAAUGCUUACUCCCGUUUUAAUCUGUGUGUGUGUGUGUGUGUGUGUGUGUGUGUGUGUACACGUGUGUGUACACGUACGUGUUAAUUAUUUUUGUUGAAAUAUUUUUGUACAGAUUUUUAAUUUGAACGACUCCACUAAUAAAAUUCACCUGAAUCUUUCA